GGAAGUAGUUUAUAUGAAUUCGGCGCCUCCUUCAAAAACCCUAAUCUUUCUGUCAUAAGCCCCUCUCCUCCUGCAACCUCCAAAUCAACCUCAAACAGCUAAUCAACCAUGCCGAAGAGAAGCAAAAAGAGUAAGAGCAAGAGAGUAACAUUGAAACAGAAGCACAAGGUAAUAAAGAAGGUGAAAGAGCAUCAUAAAAAGAAGGCCAAAGAGGCGAAGAAGCUUGGAUUGAACAAAAGGCCUAAGGUUGAGAAGGAUCCGGGUAUCCCUAACGAUUGGCCUUUCAAGGAACAAGAGCUUAAGGCUCUCGAGGCUCGUCGUACUAAGGCGCUUGAGGAAAUUGAGCAGAAAAAAGCUGCUCGUAAAGAGAGGGCUAAAAAGAGGAAAUUGGGUCUACUGGAGGAUGAUGGUGAUGAUAUCACCAACCUGGCUGAGCAGGUUUCUGCUAAAGAACAGGAAUCUGGUGAGAGAAAAGCUGCUAACAAUUCAACAGCAACUCGGGAGAGGUCGUUUUACAAGGAGUUGGCCAAAGUUAUUGAAGCAUCAGAUGUCAUUUUGCAAGUGCUUGAUGCUCGAGAUCCCAUUGGUACCCGAUGUAAUGAUAUGGAAAAGAUGGUCUUGAAAGCUGGCCCUGAAAAACAUCUUGUGUUGCUUCUCAACAAAAUAGAUCUUGUUCCCCGUGAAGCUGCUGAAAAGUGGCUCAAGUAUCUUAGAGAGGAGUUGCCAGCAGUUGCUUUUAAGUGUAGCACUCAAGAGCAGAAAUCUAAUCUGGGAUGGAAAUCCUCAAAGGCUGCAAAAAAGACGAGUAAUCUUUUACAAACAAGUGAUUGUCUAGGAGCAGAAACUCUUAUAAAGCUACUCAAGAAUUACUCAAGAAGCCAUGAUAUUAAAAAAUCAAUUACUGUGGGUGUAGUUGGGUUGCCUAAUGUAGGCAAGAGCAGUCUAAUUAAUAGCUUGAAAAGAUGUCAUGUUGCCAAUGUUGGUGCUACACCUGGUCUAACAAGAACAAUGCAAGAAGUUCAAUUAGACAAGAAUAUCAAAUUGUUGGAUUGCCCUGGUGUUGUGAUGAUUAAAUCUAGGGAGAAUGAUGCAGCUGUAGCUCUUCGGAAUUGCAUGAAAAUUGAGAAACUAGAUGAUCCUGUUUCUCCAGUGAAGGAAAUUCUAAAGUUAUGUCCAGCAGAAAUGUUGGUAACUUUAUAUAAGAUUCCUGCUUUCGAUUCUGUUGAUGACUUUCUUUCCAAGGUUGCUACUGUGAGGGGUAAGCUCAAAAAGGGUGGCGUUAUGGACAUCAAUGCUGCUGCAAGAAUCGUAUUGCAUGAUUGGAAUGAAGGUAAAAUCCAAUACUAUACAAUGCCUCCCACAAGGAAUGAAGGAGAGGAGGCUAUGGAAGCAAAGAUUGUAUCAGAAUUAAGUAAGGAGUUCAAUGUGGAUGAAGUUUAUGGCACUGAAUCCUCAUAUAUUGGCAGCCUUAAAUCUGUAAUUGAAUUCAAUCCUGUUGAGAUUCCACCAAGUGACCCUCUUGCUUUCGAUGAAUCCAUGCUCGAGGAUGAGAAACAAACCACUGAAAAAGAAAAUGCAUUAGAAAGCAGCAUGAAUGAAGAUCAAGCCAUGGCAGAAAAAGAUGCAGAGGAAAGUGAAGUGAAGAAGACAAGUAGCAAACAAAACAAGAAAGUAAAGAAAGCAGAAAAGAAGAAGAGAAAGGAGAAAGCGAAAAAAUCUGCUGCUGUGGAUGAAGAUGAGUCCAUGGAUGGUGAUUAUGAUUUUAAGGUGGAUUAUGUGAAGAAGGGAUCUUCUGCCAUGGAUGUUGGUGAGGAAGAAGAUGAUGAUGAUGAUGAUGAUGUUUCAGUUGAAGAAAAUGGAAUUGACAAAUCUGCCUUGCCAGAGACAACAGUGGAGGUUGAUCAGAGUGAAGCUACAAAGUAGUAGAGGAUAACAAUUUUUGGUUUUUUUUUUUGUUUUACAUCAUUGUACCUUCAAAUUUUUUAUUAAUGCUUGAAAAAUCUAUUCAGUUAUAGCGAAGCACUUUUAAUUUUUUUUAUCAUGUUAUGCAGUG